UCCACCUCCCCUCCCCUCUGAGGAUAUGUCCACCGAGUGCAGAGAGGGGGGCAGGAUAGGCACGCAGCCGCCGCCACCGCAGUCGCACCGGGGCCAAGGAUCCCGGGAAGACCCUCGCAAGAUGCUCUUAGGACUCCUGGGUCUGGAAGAAUGAGCUUGUCCUUCCUCCUCCUCCUCCUCCUCUUCCUCGGCCACCUGAUUCGCAGCUCCCGGGCUGAAGAGAAGCAACUCCUUGCCAAAGCGCAACUAGGACCCACAGCCAGUCAUCGGAAUCGAGGGGGCAGCGGUAGCAGGGGCAGAAACGGCACUUCUUCCUUGGCUUCUUCCUCAUCUGCCUCCUCUGCCUCCUCCUCUUCUGCCCUGGGAAUGAAAGGCCGCCACUCGGAACGGAGCAGCUUUCAGCGGAGCGCAUCGGGGCGCCGGACUGGCAGCCUCUACUGCAGAGUUGGUAUCGGUUUCCAUCUGCAGAUCCAUCCGGAUGGCAAAGUCAACGGCUCCCACGAAGCCAAUAUGCUAAGUGUUUUGGAAAUAUUUGCUGUGUCUCAGGGGAUUGUAGGAAUACGAGGAGUUUUCAGCAACAAAUUUUUAGCGAUGUCAAAAAAGGGAAAACUCCAUGCAAGUGCCAGGUUUACAGAUGAUUGCAAAUUCAAGGAGCGGUUUCAAGAAAACAGCUAUAAUACCUAUGCCUCAGCCAUCCACAGGACAGAAAAGACUGGAAGAGAAUGGUAUGUGGCACUGAACAAAAGAGGUAAAGCCAAAAGAGGCUGCAGCCCAAGGGUCAAACCCCAACAUAUUUCUACCCAUUUCCUUCCCAGAUUCAAACAGUCAGAGCAGCCAGAACUUUCUUUUACAGUCACUGUUCCAGAAAAAAACAAGCGACCUCCUCACCUGGUCAAACCAAAGGUCCCCCUUCCUACACCUCGAAAGAAGCCAAAUACAGUCAAAUAUAGACUCAAGUUUCGCUUUGGAUAGCAGUCGGUGUUGUGAGGAGACUUUUUUUUUCUCUUCAGUCGUUGCUAUGGGUAUCUUCAGAGUUCUAGGCCUAGGAUUGCAGGCCGAGCUGCACUUUUCUCCACUAAGGACGUGCAGGGAGGUAACAAUUUAUAUCUCUAGACCCAAGCAAUGCUGCUGUUUGACGGUGAGGAAGAGUGCUAACUCAAGUGAUGCUCUUAGCAGGAAUCUAAAGGGAAGAAGGUGGCUUCAAAUCAGUGAAAUGGAAAACCUUUUGUUGGCUUAAUUCUCAAUGGCAUUUGGACCUCUGUUUUCAGGAUUGGACUGUGUAUUUUGAUGAUUUUUACAAAACAACUUGAAAGAACAUACACAGAACAUUUUUAUUUUUAUUUUCCAAAGAAUAUUUUG